AUGUGCGAGCUGGAUGCCGCAGCCUCUGGAUACUGCUGCCUGCGGCGUCCAUCACGUCGAGGUCACCAAUGUGGGAUUUCCCUCAGCCAUUAUCUGCUGCAGCCACCCAAUGGACACAACUUUGUAACUGCUCUUUGGGGUCAAGCUGUGUACUCCAGUAGAUCAUUACCAAUGGUUCAGAGGAACUUGCCACUUUCACCUCCAGUAACUUUCUCAGAAAUGCUGAACAGGGUCAUAUACCAGAAGACGUUAAACUCAAUACGAAGGUUCAGCGUCAUGAACACUCAGAUCUUACUCUCAUCAAAGGCCAGCUUUGAAGUGGCCUGGUUGAUUGCCCGAAACAAGAAACCACAUACUAUUGGUGAGCAAUUGGUUAAACCAGCAGCUUUGAAAAUGGCAGAGAUUAUGUGUGGUCAGAAAGAAGCUGCGAAACUAAAUUCAGUGCCCUUGUCUGCAAAAGCUGUGAAAGAAAGAAUUUCUAUUUUAGCAGAAAAUCUUGAUGAAACUACAGAUGUCAGUAGUAAUUCGCAGCUGAUGGUGUAUGUUCGCUACAAAGGUUUACAUCCAAUUGAAGAGGAGUUGCUGUUUUGUUCUCCCCUCCAGUUGCGAUCUCGUGGAAUUGAUGUCUUCAAUAAAAUUAAUGAAUACUUUAAUAAUGCUAAUUUAAAGUGGGAAGACUGCAUUGCUUUGUCUGUUGAUGGAGCUCCAGCUAUGUUGGGUCAUGUUAGUGGUUUUUCGGCUUUGGCGAGAGAGAAAAAUAGAAAAAUUGAAGUUAACCACUGUAUGAUCCAUCGCCAGGCAUUGCUUGUGAAACGUUUUGAACCUGCACUGGAAGCCGUCAUGCAUGAUGUUAUCAACGUUGUCAAUGUCGUCAAAGGACAUGCACUAAACACGCGACUAUUUCAUGAAUUAUGUACAGAUGGGGAGGCUGAAUAUACAGACCUACUUUAUCAUACAGAAGUGAGGUGGCUGUCAUGUGGAAAUGUUCUGAACCAAGUGUGA